AUGGAGAAGGUGGAGAAUGAGAGGGCGAUGCCCUCCUCCUUCCUCUACCACUUAUUCGUCCUCGUCGCUUGCCCACUAUGGUUUGGGGACAGCGACGACCACGACAUCGUUUUGGGGUUUGUUGUUUGGGGAAAACGAUCAGAUCUGUGGCAUGAGGGAGGUGUUAAGGCUGGGAUGGGUGGCCUGAGUAAGCUUGGGUGGUGGUUUGGGUGGCUGUGGGCUAGGAGGAAAGGAGAUCAAGAGAGAGAGAGACAGAGAGAAUCUGGGUAUUUUUAA